UUUUCAACCCCCUCAACCCCUAGCCUUCCCACCAGCACCCCCUUAGUCUAGCUACGUGAUAUAUUCCCUGUCAAAACUAUCCUCCUCCUGAUUUAACAGCAAUAAUCAUUUCCUAAUUCUCUGAAACCCCACCAGAAAACUAUGGUAGGAAGAAACAGUUCUGACCUCCCUCCUGGUUUUAGAUUCCAUCCCACUGAUGAAGAACUAAUCGUGUAUUACCUAAGAAACCAGGCUAUUUCUAGGCCAUGCCCCGUUUCAAUUAUCCCUGAAGUUGACAUCUAUAAGUUUGAUCCCUGGGAUUUGCCUGAGAAAACUGAAUUUGGCGAAAAUGAAUGGUAUUUCUUUACCCCUCGAGAUAGGAAAUACCCAAAUGGAGUACGUCCCAAUAGGGCAGCUGUUUCAGGUUACUGGAAGGCCACUGGAACGGACAAGUCUAUCUACAGUGGAUCUAAAUAUGUUGGGGUCAAGAAAGCACUUGUUUUCUACCAGGGCAGACCUCCAAAGGGUAUCAAGACUGAUUGGAUUAUGCAUGAAUAUCGCUUGAGUGAACCAAGAUCUCAACCUAACAAGCAAAAUGGUUCCAUGAGGCUGGAUGAUUGGGUUCUUUGCAGAAUUUAUAAGAAGAAAAAUUUGGGAAAAGCCCUUGAUAUCAAAGCUGAAGAUCAAAGUACCGAGACUCUGACAACGGCUGAUGCGGCUAGUUGUGAACCACAGCAAACACAGUUGUCGAAAUUCCCUAGGAUUUGCUCGCUAUCUCAUCUAUGGGAAAUGGAGUGCAUGGGCACAAUUUCACAGCUAUUUGGAGACAAUUCUUAUAAUGCAGUCUACGAUAAUCAAAACAUAGUUAACAGCAAUGGAAAUCAUGUUUCAAGACAAUUAGGAGAAGUCCCACACCAGUUCCAGGGAAAUCAGAGUGGAAUCUUGAACCAGCCGGUCUAUGUGCACCCGGUUUACGAAUUCCAGUGAUGCACAUUUUGUUGUGUUAACAAGAAAGGGUUGGGGAUUGCCAAUAGGGAUGUGCAUCUGGGGUGAUAAGGAUCAGAAAUUGUUUAAAAAAUUUGUAUAAUUUUUCUUAGUUUGUGAUAAGCAAUAGCUUACAAGUCUGUCCAAAAUUGAUAUCAGCAAUCUUGUACAAAAUUUAUCCCAAGGAAUCCACAAAGUAUCUUCCAAGUCA